GACAUUACCCAAGAAAUAUCAUUUCCCGCCCUAUAUAUAUUAUCAAAUCUCCUUUUAUCUUAAUUAGUCUCUCCUCAAUCUCUAAAUUUCAACACAAAGAUGGGUAGUGAUGGUGAUGAUAAGGUUGUUCUAUUGGAUACAGACGUGAGCAUGUUCGCGAUGAGGCCAAAAAUGGCGCUCGCUCUCAAAGGGAUUCACUACCAAUCCAAAGCGGAAGACUUGACCAACAAAAGCUCACUCUUGCUGGAGAUGAACCCGGUUCACAACAAGGUCCCUGUUCUCAUUCACAACGGAAAACCCUUUUGCGAGUCUCUCAUCAUUCUCGAGUACAUAGAUGAGGUGUGGAAGGACAAGUUUCCAUUGUUGCCUUCGGAUCCUUACACGAGAGCUCAAGCUAGGUUCUGGGCUGAUUUCAUUGACAAAAAGAUCUAUGAGUGUUUAAAGGCAUGGCUGUUUAAAACCAAAGAUGCAAACGGCAUUAAAGAAGAACUGGUGGAGAACCUGAAGGUGCUGGAAGGGGAGUUAGGGGAAGAGGCAUAUUAUGGAGGGGAGAGGAUUGGGUUCUUGGAUUUGGCUCUGCUUUCAUACUACACCUGGCUUCUGACUUUUGAGAAAGAUACAGAGUUUAGCGUGGAGGCAGAAAUUCCAAAGUUGAGUGAAUGGGGCAAAAGAUGCCUGCAAAAUGAGAGUGUGUCCACCUCUCUUGCAGACCCUUUGAAGAUCUAUGAGUUUACUCUGCAGAGGAGGGAAAGGAUUGGCGUUGCUUAGAAUUGAAAAUUAAAUG